ACAACGAAUUUUUUUUCUUAUCUAAGAAAUUUCACGGUGUUGCUAAUAAUUAGCUAUAAAAACAAUACAAGACACCAACGACGGAUCUCUCCAAAUGCUGCGCUCCAGGGCAAAAGCCACCCACCAUUUCCCAUUUCAUUAACAAUGCAUAUGAAGGAUCAAAAAGUUCUGUGAAGGUGAAUUGAUCUACUAUAAAACAAAGAGAGGUUUGUUAAAUGGGUGUGUUGCUGUUGGUAGCAAUAGCAUUUCCAUGCACAGUGGCGGCAUCUGGGCUGUCAUUAUGGCAUGUUUACAAUCACCUUCGGAAUUACACGGAACCCUCCUAUCAGCGCUACAUAGUUCGUAUCAUCUUCAUGGUGCCUGUGUUUGCCUUGAUGUCCUUUAUGUCUCUUGUGAUGAGCAGCAAAUCCAUAUAUUUCAAUUCUAUUCGAGAAGUGUACGAGGCAUGGGUUAUAUAUAAUUUUCUUUCACUAUGUCUUGCAUGGUUAGGAGGCCCAGGUGUUGUGGUCACAAGCCUGAGUGGACGCUUACUGAAGCCAUCAUUGUGUCUCAUGACAUGCUGUUUUCCUCCCAUGCCUCUUGAUGGACGUUUCAUUCGACGGUGCAAGCAAGGGGGUCUGCAAUUUGUCAUUCUGAAACCAAUCCUUGUUGUGAUUACCUUUGUGUUGUAUGCAAAAGGAAUGUAUAAGGAUGGGAAUUUUGCUACAAACCAAGGCUACUUAUAUGUGACAAUCAUCUACACAGUAUCAUAUUCUUUGGCAUUGUAUGCAUUGUUUUUGUUUUAUGCGGCAUGUAAAGAUCUUCUCCAACCCUUCAAGCCAGUUCCAAAGUUUGUAAUCAUCAAGUCUGUUGUUUUUCUUACAUAUUGGCAGGGAGUGCUAGUUUUCCUAGCUGCUAAGUCAGGAAUUAUUAGAAGUGCAGAAGAGGCUGCUAAUGUUCAGAACUUCAUACUGUGUGUAGAGAUGUUAAUAGCAGCAGUUGGACAUUUAUAUGCUUUCCCUUACAAACAAUAUGCAGAGGCCAAUGAAGGUGCAUUUAAAGGUCUUUCUGGCAGCCUAAUCCAUGCAUUAAGCUUCAAUGACGUUCUACGUGAUACUGUGCACCAGUUUGCACCAACAUACCAUGAUUAUAUUCUAUAUAGCAGUGGAGGUGAUGAAAGGACAAACAAGAAUCAAGCGCAGACCAUUGUCUCCACAGCUGAGGAGAUGAUUGUAGUACACAACCCUGAGCAAAUGCACGGAACUAGUAUAAUUAAUGAUGGCUACUCAUCUAGUAUACCUUCUUCUGAAGGUGAGGCCUCUGACAGAAGUGAAGUGGAAAGAAAUAUGAUCAAGGUAUGAAUCAUUGUGCUCAAUAUGACAUGGAUAUGCAAAAGAUUUGUUCUUUAUCUGAGCAGGUACCAUUGUUGGAUUUAUACUUCAUUACAUUAACCCCAGAAGUUCUUCAGAAUGGAAAUGGAAGGGAAACAAAGAACCAUCGAAGGCAAGUCUGAAAUUACAUUUUGUUGUAUUAUAAAGGAUGCCACUGGGGGGUGUGUAAACAUUUUAAACAAUGGCUUCUGGUGCUGAAGGAAAAUAUGUAUUUUAUCUAUAACAAUUUGUUCUCUUUCUUGGUCAAGAUUUGACUGAAAACAGAUAUCUCUGAUUUCUUAAUCUCCUAUUUUGCAGUCCACAUUCUUUGGAUGACACAUUUGGUUGGAUAAUUCUGUAUAGGGAAAGGGGACAUGACAACAAUUUUGUGAUAAAGUUAUUUGAUCCUGAAUUUAGAGAAUCCAGAAACAUAUUCAAAUGGUCA